AUGCCGUACGGUACGCACGAAAGCUGGACCGAUGGGCAUUCUGACGCUCAACACGCGUCAAGCUUCUUCUCGCGCGGGGCGCGUCCGAUCCCGACUCCGGUAAAACCCAAACAGCUCAACCACUCACCACACACGAACAAACUCCGAGUACCCUCUGUCCCUCCCGUCAACUCAUGCCAUCGACGGUAAACCCGACUGACGAACGCAAGCUUGAUGCCCAGCAAACAACCAACGAACCGUGCCCCGACCCACACCACGCACAGCAGCCAGUUGUGGAGUCUCCUAGGAGCAAAGCUGUGCCCUAAGAAUCACGCCUGCUAGGCACUUUUCUUUUCUUUUUUUUCUUCUUUUUUUUCGGGGCCGUGGACCAUCCAUCCAUCCAUCCCCUGAGCAAAAAUACAA